GCUGCGAAGAGGCACCGUGGCCGCCGCGCGGCUGCAGCUGAGCGCCGCUGACAUCUUCCAGCCUCCCUCGGUUUCACCAUGGACAGCUUCGAUUUGGCGCUUCUGCAGGAAUGGGACCUGGACUCUCUGUGUGUCUAUGAUCUUGACAGAAAUAUGCUACGAAGAAAAGAAUGGGAAAGGAGAAAUCAGGAGACCCAGCAUGAAGACAGCAUAUUUAAUACCAGUUAUUCUCUUUUUAGUGAACCGUACAAGACGAAUAAGGGGGAUGAACUGUCUAGUCGUAUCCAGAAUACACUGGGUAACUACGAUGAAAUGAAAGAAUUGUUGACCGAUCACUCCAAUCAAAGCCAGCUUGUGGGUGUUCCAAAAGCCUGUAUGUCACAGGCACCUAUGAACAAAAUGGAGGAACACUUUUCUGCUGAUACUCAGACUUCUGUUUGCAGUCCUCAGUCUUCUUUGCCAGUAACGCUUUCUGGACAGUUAAGCAAGAACGCAACAAUAGGUUGGCAGAAAUCUGGGUAUUGCUUAGAGAAUCAGCAGAGGGGGGGCAAACAUAGGCAUGGAUUGUCAGAUUCACAGAGUAAUGAUUUCAAAAUAGCUAACCAAAAGAGCAGCUUGGAAAAGAUUAUGCAUUACGUACACAGUCCUUCUCCAUCAUCUUCAUCCAGUGCUAUUCAAGGUCCUAUAGCAUCCUUACUUGUAGAGAACAUUCAAACACAACAGCAGUCAAAAUUGAGCUGUGCCACAGAGACUGGAGUCCAGGCUCAAGAAAGACCAGCUAUGCAUAGCAAUGGACACUGUGUACAAAAUUUUCAUCCUGCACUUGCUUCAAAACCAAAUAUAAUUCAGCAGAAACCAACAGCUUAUGUGAGGCCAAUGGAUGGUCAAGAUCAGGCUCCUGAUAAAUCUCCAAGACUAAAGGUGCCAGAUGAAACCAGCAUGCUCUGCACCUCAUACAGAGAGAUGUCUUCUGUUAAAAAUGAAUCAGCUAGGACCAAGUCAAAAAUGACCCAGUGUGGUAUUUCCAAGCAAGAAGAGGACAGUGGAGUAGGUGAUGAUGACUGUGUUGAAGAAAUUUUACGGGAAAUGACCCACACUUGGCCUCCACCACUUUCUGCUAUCCACACACCUGGCAAAGUGGAACAAAACAAGUUUCUGUUCACAAACAAGGAGCCCCAGCAUGUCUCUACAGGACACAGCAAUCAAAGAAAAGAUGAUGUUGAGCCAAAGAAUCCAGAAGACUGUACCUUGCAUACAUCAAUGCUAGAAGAUGACCUAAAGUUGAGCAGUGAUGAAGAAGAGAGUGACCAGCAGGCAGCACAGAAAUCUGCUCUCCGGGUUCUAUCUGACAGCAGCAGCCCUGCUAACCAGCAGUCCAGUUGUAGAAUUUUGGGUGUCUCUAACAAGGGUUCAAGCAGCAGUUCAAGUGAAUCGGAGAGCAGUUCUGAAUCUGAUUCAGAGACUGAAAGCAGUUCCACAGAAAGCGACUGCAACAAGCAAUCACAUUGUUCCAGCCCAGAGCCUGAACAGCCGUCUCCUAACAAGUGGCAAUUGGAUAAAUGGUUAAAUAAGGUUAAUCCUCAUAAAGCUUCUGCUUUGAACCAAAAUGGAUUGGAGGUCUUUCAGUAUUACAGCAAACUAAAAGAAGAAAGGCAAGACAAUGAAAAUGUACCUCCUGUUGGACAAGCCGGUCUCCAGGAAAAAGAUAUUAAGAAUCUUAGUAAAGAGGAACUGAGAUCUAGGACAGCUAACUUAGCCCCAGGACAUAGGGGAGGAAAGCAAAAACCACUUCCUUCUGCUGCCUCAAAAUCAGUAUCUAAAAAACAGCCAAGGAGGACAGAGAGUAGCCUGGCUGAUGAUAACUUAAACAACCAUGCAGCUGACAAUCUUGAUUUGAACCAAAUUCAUUUGGCAAAUAAUAACAUUUGUAAUCAGCCCAAGACUAGGCCUUGCAGCAGCAACAUUGAACAACAAAAAGAACCACAGUCUGUUACUGCCGUGGAAAAGAGACGCACAAGAGGCUCAGGGAAAACAGCGCCCAAGUCCAAGGAAUUUAUUGAGACGGAAUCUUCAUCUUCAACUUCAUCCGACACAGAGUCCCAGUCUGAACAAGAGGAAUGUCCUUCACACAAACUGCAGACCGUAGCCUCAGUAUCAGCUGGAAGUGACCAGAAACAAAAGAAUUCAAGCAAUAAUAAUGGUUACAAAAAACCCAAUAAUUGUGGUGCCUUUGGUUCCAUCAACACCAGAACUAGCAACGAUAUAGCAAAAGAGCUGGAAGAACAGUUCUACACGCUGGUUCCUUUUGGCAGGAAUGAACUUUUGUCUCCUCUAAAAGAUACUGAUGAUGUCAAAGCCCUUUGGGUCAAAAUUGAUUUGACUCUGCUUUCUAGAAUCCCGCAGCAAUUACCUGAGGAGCCACUGAUCAUGAACACAGGAGUUAAAGAAGCCAUUCAAAUGCAAUAUAACAUUGCUGCUGACCUGCCAGCAGAAAAAGUGGUUCCGAAAUCCAGAAGAAAACGAAAGUAUGAAAAUGAGGAAGAAAGCAGAGAGACUAAGAAGAUUCACACUGAGCAAGAAUGUUCCUCCAAUUUACUUCCUUCAGCCCAAGUUAUUUCUUCACCAAAUCAUUACAAAAUCAUUAAAAAAAGUUUGGCAACACCAAUAAAUAAAAAUGAGAAAAUGCUUCAGUCACCUAGUUCUCCCUUCUCUGAUGCAUCAAAGUAUAAAUUCUGUAAUGAUGAUUUAACUUCUAGCAAAACAAAUGGUAGCAACCCUUCGUCUUCCACAUCCUCAAGUAGAAAGCACAAGAAUGAGAUUAGAUCAUACCUACAUCCUGGCGAUUUCAGUAAAGCCAUGUAUAUCAGUUCAGAAAACACUCUGUUCUGCAACAGGACACAGUGCCAAAAAGAACCAUGGUCAUCUAUACUGACUGUGCCCAAAACCUGUAGGAAAUCAAAACUCAUAGUUAAUGAUGGACUGCACAAUUUAGAUUAUUUUAUGCAGGAAGCUAAAAGAAAAAAGCAUAAAGCAGAUGCAAUGGUGGAAAAAUUUGGCAAGGCACUGAAUUAUGCUGAAGCUGCAUUAUCAUUUAUUGAGUGUGGAAAUGCCAUGGAGCAAGGACCCCUGGAAUCAAAGUCCCCAUACACAAUGUAUGCAGAAACUGUGGAGCUUAUCAGAUAUGCUGUGAGACUAAAAACCCACUCAGGUCCCAGUAUGACAUCAGAAGAAAAACAACUAACAGCAUUAUGUUACCGCUGUUUGGCACUUUUGUACUGGAGAAUGUUUCGGCUCAAAAGAGACCAUGCUGUAAAAUAUUCAAAAGCUCUCAUUGAGUAUUUCAAGAAUUCAUCUAAAGUUACUCAGGCACCAUCUACCUGGAGUAGCAGCGUGAAGUGUACAGAAACUCCUUCUCCCAUAUCACCCAGUUUGUCUCCACUGAGCUCAGUUGGGAGCACCGAAGCUCCUUCCCCUUCCUCUAUCAUCAGCAUUCCUCAGCGAAUACACCAGAUGGCAGCCAAUCAUGUUAGUAUCACUAACAGCAUCUUACACAGUUAUGACUACUGGGACAUGGCUGACAAUCUUGCCAAGGAAAAUCAAGAUUUCUUUAAUGACUUGGAUGCACUGAUGGGAGCUAUCACACUGCACAGCUCUAUGGAGCAUCUGGUUCAAUAUACACAGCAAGGCCUUGACUGGAUAAGGUGUAGUGCUCAGUUAUCCCCAUGAUGGUACUCCUCGCCUGGACACUAAACUCACAAUACGGAUAAUUCAGUUAUUCUAGACACUGUGCUACAGAAAUACUCAACUGCAGCAUUGCUUCAAACACAAUGUGAAUAUUUUGUUAACAUUGGACAAUAUUGUUUCAGAAAGCAAAAAUAGGUCUGGGUAUAUUAUGCAAAUUUGUCUUUUCCAGGCCAUUGUUCUUUUAAUUAUCUCCAAAUAUCACUUCCUUAGCAAGAAAAUUAAGUAUAGCUACAUUAGAAAAACUCUCACACAUACAAGAUACACAUUCCUCCAAUAUUUAGAAAGCCAAAGCUUAAUUUUAUGGAUUGAUUUAUUCAAAUGAAAUGUAGUACCUGUUGCUAGUAAUCUCUUAGAGCAAUUUUUCCUCAGUAUUUAUAGAUCUCUAUGUCACUUUUAUAAAGAGAAACUUAACAAAUGAUUAAGUACAGCUUCAGUGACAAAUUCUGAGUAAAAUACAUUUUACUGAGUAAAAAUAAUAUAAAAUGUAAAAUACAUAUUACAUUUUAAAAGGAACUUGGGCCAUUGAAUUUGCCAGGCAAUACUUGGAUGCCAGUUUGCUUGCAAACUGGCUCACCUUCUUCCUAUUGCAUUAUUAAGUAGCAGCCUUUAAAUUGGGAGCAUUAGCAGUUUUGGAGUUCUAGUAUUCAAAUAUGCAUUUUUUACACAUUUGUUGGACAUAAGAUAUCAGAAAAAUGCAACAUUGAAAUGAUAAAUCUGUCUUUGAAACAAUUAUCCUUGUGAGUGAAACAGUAUGUAAAGCAUCAAUCCUCUGAAUUAAAAUUCUGUGGCACCAUUGGAUGGUUGCCCAUCCCCCCGUCCAUCCUUGUGAAUUCCUCAUGAUGGAUCCAAAAUGCACAGAGAAGGACUGACCUUUUGUGCUCUUAAACAGCAGCGAUGUGCAGUAUUUGUUCUUCAAAUCUUGUUUUUUAUAAAGCCAGAUUUACACUUUGCAAAUAGUUUAUUAAGCAAAAACAUAUUUUUAAAGAGUAGAGAGGGGUGGAGUGAUUACAUACACCAGAACAAAACUUUGUGAAAGUGUUAUUUUUUUAUGUGGAACAGCAUUUCAAAGCCAGCUGUAGCUGAUUCCGCCCAAUUUCAAAGCAAAGGAGCAUUUCAAUAUACAGUUUAAAAUAAUAGCUUACUUGUAAUAUGUUUCCUUUUUACUGUAUCUAGCAAUUACAUUCAGUUCUUCUAUUUUUGCAGAAAACUGCUUUACUAUCAUGCUCUUCGAUGCACCAAGAAAGGCUCCAUUAGACUGGUUCAUCUGAGGCACCUGAUGGAUCCACUUGGUUUCCAGAAAGUGCUGGGAGAAUUCUCUGAAUCUUUGGUGGACAGGUCAUUCAAGGCUUUGGUCCUUUCCUGGAAUGAGGGUAUUUCACUUGCCUUAGAUAAGGAUUGCACCUGAAAGCCACUUGAUACACACUGAUCUCGGUGAGCUCCAGUGGUGGGUUGCCCCUGGUUCGCACCGGUUCUAUAGAACCGGUAGUAAAACCGGCAGGAGACUCCACCCACUGAUCCUGAUGUCACCAAAAUGCUUCUGCGCUUGCGCAGAAGAGUGCACACGUGCACGGCCCCGUUGCGAACCGGUAGUAAAGGUAAGUAGAACCCACCCCUGGUGAACUCCUUGGUUUUCUGAGGUGCUCUGAAAAACGAAGCAUUAAAAGAGACACCUAGAGCCCCACUGGAGAAAGACAAAGAAUAGGUCCAAUCAAACACUUUUACAAGCCUAUAUUAGAAGUUAGGUCAUGCACUAAGGGUGGCAAAAUGUAAUUAUUGUUCUGCACUUAAUGCAUCUGCAGAAUGUAGUUUAGCAGUCUUUUGCAGAAUGAUUAUACAAUUUUCUAUUAAGUGAAAGAAAGGCACUCAGCAUAUUUCUGGGACUGUCCUUUUGUUUUCUACUAAGUAAUCAGUAAAAUGUUACAAAGUUAGCUCACUCUAUGAUGUAGCUGUACAAUUUUGUCAUCUUUCCAUAGUUACAACUUCUGUAUAGCUGUGCUAGUCCAGUAGAAUGGCAUUCCUACUAAGGUUUGAAUGGCUUAGAACCCUAUUGGGUUUCUGUAAUCUGUGAAAAUUCAGGUUUUCAGAAUUCACUGAUAGUCUUUCCUGAUUGUUUAAUCCUGUAGAAUUGGUUAUUUUCCCUGACAUAUGAUCAGGCAGCAUUAUGAACUGUUUUGUUAUUGCUGUUUUAUGUUUCUUUCAACCUUAGCAUUAUAAAGCCAUCUUCGGUGAUUGAGGGGAUCAAGGGUACAUAUUUCAGGAUUCUCUGCUAAAAGAGGCUCAUAGCAGAUUUCUAUGCUGGGUUCCUAAAAGGCCAAGUUCUGGAAUAAUUGAGUAAAUUAAGUGCUCAUUAUUGGAAACUAUAGAAAGAAUUGCCAUUAAUUUAUAUAACUAAUGUAAUAUCAUAUAUCUUAUAGAUAGGUUAUGUCAAAAAAGGAUAAACUCAAGACUAUAAUUAGGCAAAUAAAAUAAGGUUUUAAAAUUAUAGAAAAUGAUUGCACAUUAUUCACCUGUUCUUGAUUUACUGUAAGAACAAAUAGAAGGGAAGAUGUAGAUCUGCAAACAGAAAAAAUAAUUUAUAGAGCUACUUCCUCAAUAGAAUCAUUAAUAACAAGGAUUGAAAAGGACCUUAGAAGUCAUCUAGUCCAAUGUAGGAGUAUAUUAUUAUAGCAUCCCAAGCCGAUGACGUUCCAGCUUCCAAUUAAACAUUGCCAGCACAUUUAACUGUGAUGGUAAAGGAAAAGUGAGGAUAAUUGAUGUAGCCAUACCAGGGGAUAGUAGAUUAGAACACAAAGAACUGAAGAAGAUCACAAAAGCAAGAUAUGAAAAUCAAAAUUGAAAGAUUAUGACAUAAAUUGACUAUGAUGGUCCAAGUAGUAAUCGGCACACUGUGAUACCAAAAUAUCUUGGACGGCACGUAGAAAGUUUUCGCAUUGACAGAAUUUCCCUCUAUCAGUUGCACAAGGCCACACUGCUUGGACCCACACUGAUACUAUGCUGAUAAAUUAUAACAUUCUAUAUUCUUGGGAUGAAUUCAAUGUGUAUAAAGGCUAACACUAGCUAAAGAAUUAGCAGUUGUGAUAUUACAUUACUAUCAGUGGUGGGAUUCAGGUAAUUUAACAACUGGUUCUCUGCCCUAAUGAUUUCUUCCUGCCCUAAUGAUUUCUUCCAACAACCAGUUCACCAAACUGCUCAGAAAAUUAACAACCAGUUCUCCCGAAGUGGUGCAAACUGGCUGAAUCCCACCACUGAUUACUAUGCAUAUAGUAAUCAGAUAACAUCUGCCUAUCCCAGGUACUUGGGAAGAACUUGAUAGGUGGAUAAAAAUGCCAAAUUCAGUCUAAGCAUAUGUUGAUUAUGCAAUCAUUUUUAUAAUAAUUCAGUAUGUACAAGAAACCAACAAUAUAAUAACUCAGAUAAGUAACGUCUAAGUAAAAUUGAUGAACAAUAAUUUUCAGAAGGCCUUUUUAAAUAGUUUGAUCUUUAAAAAAAUUCCAGAAGAUUGUCACAGAAGAGAUUAAGCUAAUUUUUGAGGGAGACUGUUCCUUGUGCCAUGAGAGAGGAGCAAUAGUUUAUGGCCUCAGCCUCCACAAGGGUUACCUUAAUACCCCAUUAAUGUAUUAUGAGUAAAGAAUCCUAGGACAGCCUGUUCAGACAAAUCAAAUUCAACUGGUUUGGUUUAUUUAAUAGUAUGGUCAUAGACCAAACACACAAAAUUAUAAAAAGAGAAAACCCCCACAGAUAUUCACUGAAAGCCAAUUUGUGCCUCAAGUAAGCACAUCUGGAAGAACAAUUAACUCCAGAAAUGUCUGAUUGUCAUUAUGAUAGUACAAAACUUAGCUACAAUUCCAGAGACUCCCAGUUGGGUUAUUUAGUAGGUAAUGCACAAUUGCCAUAUGAGAAUGGAUAGUUUGUAAUGAGAAAGGCACUGCCUCCAGGUUAUAGACAGAGCAGUUCAGAAGUACGUGCACUACUGUUUCAAUUGCAGAGUCUGGGUAGAUAAACACAUUCUACUGAAUGAAUACUGUUGAAGCCACCACUAAGGCAGAACAUCCAGACUUAUCAAUGUGAAGGCCCUCGUAUGAGCCAAGGCUAGUAAAUUAUAUUUGUAGUCCUCUGAGAACUAUCCAUUAUCUCAACAACUUUGAUAAAAUUCCUGUUAUAACUUUAUAUUGUUACCCUUUGGAUCUUAGUCCAUUUUUAGCACACUCUUUCUCUUAAUUAGAAACCAGUCGUGGUUCUUUUGGUGCCAGCAUGGUUAUGGAAAACAGAAGAAGCAACAGAAUGUCAGUUUUCUUCUAAGGCUUUGCUCAACUCUGUUCACACCCAAGCAGCUUAAAAGUACAUUCCUUCUGUAUGGCAUUACAGUGGCAUGUUUUUAUUGUUUACAUUGAACAACGUAAUAAACUAAAAUAUGUUGUACAGUAAUUUAUGCUGUAAACUAUAUGUGUCUGUAUGUACAUUGAAAACAUUGUCCUCCCAAUCCGCAAAGGUGCUCCAGAAAGUAACAGCAAUAUUUCUUGUAUGAUGUGGACCACUCUUUUGCUUUAUUUUCCAAGUUUCCUUAAAGUUGGGGAGAUAAUUCUGGGUACUUGAAAUAUAUAUAUAUACACACAUACACAUGCAUAUAUACAUAUACACACAUACACAUGCAUAUAUACAUAUGUAUAUGUGUGUAUAUAUGUGUGUGUAUGUAUGUAUGUGUGUAUAUAUGUAUGUUUAUGUAUAUAUAUAGCAUUUUAAUUAUUUUAUAAAUAAUUAUUUAUACCUAGAGUAGCAAUGUCAAUAUUCAUCCAAAGACUACAUUGUCAAUUAUGAAAGAAAACCAUGCUAAUUCACUGACGUAACACAAAGUCAAAAAUGUGUACAUUAGAACUGUAUUCAAACAAACAAAUAGGUUUGUGUUAAUCACAGUAUAUUUUUUAUCGUUUAGAAAAUUUUGUGAAUUCAGUUGUGUUGAUUAGUUUAUGGCUCGAUGUGCUGUAUAAACCAGGAAGUGGGUUUAUUUAAUGACCAGCUUAAGUGUAUUUUAUGAUCAUAGCUGAUACGUCUACAAUUCUCCCAAGCAAUAUAACAAAGACUGCAAUAAUAUUUGCACCACUAUCAGCGAAUGCUUCUUUACUGAUCUGAAUGAAACCAGAUGUUUUAUCUUAAUGGGUCAUUUCACAUAUUACUUGUACUAGUAUUUCCUUUGAACUACAUUGGUGUGGAAAGGUUCUAGUUUCUUGAAGUUCUGCCUGAGCCAACCAUGUAUCUGAUAGAGCAAAUAGUUUAUACACAGAUAUUGGAACUUGGUGUUCUCCCCAAACUGGAUGAAAAUUAUAUAAUGUUCACAUCAUUUCAGUAUUUUUCUGCUUUCUGUAUCAAACUAGCUUCAUUGCUGAACUAUUAUAAACAAUGUAUUGGAUCUUAUUUUACAAGAACAAUGUGAAAGAUAUGUUUAAAUUCUGUUCCAUGGCUAAAUUUUCAUGUACAUUGCAGUGAUGAAAUUAUUGACACAUUGUUUUGAUGCUAGUAACUUUUGGUCUUUCUGCCAUUCAUUCAAAAUUCAUGUAGCACAGUUGCUGGAAUGGUGAAAAAAAUCCUACUGUAAUGUAACAGUAUGGGCCUUAAGGAUUUGUGUGUGUAUGUUUUUUUUAAAAAAAGGAAAAGCACUUUUAUAUUUAAAAGUUAAUAUUAAUUCAUCAAUAAGAUUACUUUUUUAAUGUGAAAAUAAAUCAUUAACUCAAUACAUGUGACAA